UGAUACAUUGUAGUAAGUAUAUCGCACUAAGUGCCCUGAGACAAACAACACACGUAUCAGGUCAUAUACCAGUGUUGCAUAAUGGACGUAAUAUGCCCGGAUUGUCGCGGACCAUGAAUACAAUUAAUGGAGAGAACACACAGCAGCACAGGGUGCAACAGCAUGCCGCUGUGACCACAGCAUAAUUUCCAGGCGUGAAGACACAAAAUGACUGCAGACACGCAUACACGCGGUCCGCAAUGUGAUAUUUGGAACGUUACCGCAGCGUGGCUCCGAGGUCACCUUGAUGGGCGUCGUCCCGGACACGAGGCAGAAAUGAACAUGCUUCUACCACAUGGCAAAGCCCUUCAAGAUGUGGUGAACGUUCAUUACCUCGCAACCAAUACAACCAUGAACUCGUCGACAUACGGGUUCUUACCAUCUAAAGGCUUUACUGUACCCAUUGCCCUUGUCAGCGCUAGCGUUCCUUUUCUCAUGUGCUUUUUACGCCGACCUCGCGCACUCUUUAUCUGGCUGAAAUCUCUGCGUUUCUUCCGCGACAUUGAAACUGAAGAACGGCUACUCGACUUGAAGAAGAAAUGGGAGGAUGAGGAGAGGAAGCGCAUAACGCUAGAGGACAAGCUGAAGAAACUUGAGCUGGAGCAACAAGUUUCGGCCCAAGAAAAGAGCACACUGAAAACGGAAAUUGUCCGGCUUACGGCCGCUCUGAAAAAAACCAGCAAGGAAGCCGAUGAAAUUCAGGUCAGGUUACGACAGGAGCAAGUCGAGAGAGAAAAGGUUCAGCAAGAACGCUCCAAGCUUCAAGAUGCGCAUCAAAAGCUGCAGCAAGAUCUCAGCUCAUACCAGCAGCAGCUGAUGAUGCGAGAGACUGAGAAGAAGGCCCUGAGGAAUGAGCUGCAGGCCCUACAAGCCAAGUUCAACGAUCAGACCACCCUUCUUAGCGACCGCACGCGGGAGCUUACGGGCAAGGCCGACGUGCUCUCGGGAGCAGAAGUCAUCAGACUGGUCGACGAACUCAACCAGGAGAUCAUGCAGACGGCAGCUUUCAUCUCGGAUUCCUUCGAUUUCGCUCGGAAGCCUGAACACAGAGACGAGAUCAAGGAGGCCAGCGCACGGACCAGUGAGCUGAUUGGGCCUGCCAUGACGUCGCUUCUGGGUACGGUGCAGCACGGAGAAGACCCUCUCUUGAUCCAGAUUGCAUUGCAGGCUGCCACAGUCGAGUUCUCUCGUUGGAUCAUAAUGACCUGGGACUUUGACGGCUUGCAGGCUGAGCAACCAUUGGCAGAGAUCUAUAACGACGUUCGGGAAACAGAAAGCCAGGCAGUCAGCGGCCGAUGGCGCGCUUUGACUCGGUCUCAUGCGCAGAAGGUUGCUCUGCAGGAAUCGGAUGUACACUCGACAAUGGUUGCGCAUAUCAGCGAUACCCUCGUGGUCGUGAUGAUUGCAGCUGGUUGCACCAAGAACUACGAAGAUGCGUAUCGCGAGUUCACCAUGAAGUUCGGCGAACGCGUGUCGAACAUUGUCCGCAUGGCAGCAAGGCUUAACAGAGCCAUGGGGGAGGAAGUGACGUCGGCAGAUCUCUGGCCCACUCAUUCUGCGGCCGGAGAGAAGUUUGACACGGAAACGAUGAAAGACUUCGACGAGGGGAGCGGGGCGCAAUCUGGCGUUGUUUUGUGCACGACUGCGCUGGGCUUGCAAAGCGCAGAGUACAAGGCGGUGACGCUCGCGAAACCCAAAGUUGCGCUUGAAGCUAUCGCAGAUGGGAUGGAGAGGGAGGCGGAGUUGUCAGGAGACUAACUUACUUUCAGAACAAUGUCACCACAUAUUUAAUUUGUUUGACUUUUGUUCAUCGCUACCUUAAAUUAUUCGUGACCAUUCUAUUGAUGAUUUAUUGACGCAGUGAAUAAGUGAUUGGCAACCUCCAUGCCUGCAGG